UUCCAGUACGCAGCUAUGAUAAUCAUGCCAAAUGUGGCCUUGUCUGGGUACCACACGUUGUCGCCUAUCGUUGUCGCACCUGUGGCAUAUCACCCUGCAUGUCGAUUUGCCGAGACUGUUUCAAGAAAGGCGAUCACACAAAUCACGAUUUCAAUAUGUUCUUAUCACAGGCUGGCGGAGCCUGUGAUUGUGGCGAUACAUCCGUAAUGAAAGCGGAGGGCUUUUGCAGUGACCAUGGCAUCAAUAAUCGUCAAAAUAAAGAACCCGUUCCAACCAAUCUCUUGGCCGUUGCCGAGGCAAUAAUGCCAAAGUUGCUCUUCCGUUUGUUGCAACAUUUUCGCGAACAUAGCGAUGCCGCUUCGCAAACCUUCAACAUGGCUGCCCAUUUGUGUGAGGAAUUCACGAACAUGCUAAUCGAUCUCAACAAUAUGGGUGAGAUAAUGCGCAAAGUUAUGACCCGAGCCCUGAUUAGCAAAGAGGUCUAUAAACAAUUCAACGAUGUCAAUUAUCUAACAUCACGACAUGCACAAGUCCUCAAGGAGAAUCGCGAGAAGUAUGAAGAUGCCGUCAAUCGUUUUCCCCGCCCCGAACCACCAGAUGAUUAUAAGCAUUUACCUGCGCUGGGCGAGAAACUCGUGCACUCUACUCUACUGGAGGAGUUCAUAUUUUGGACAUUUAAAUUUGAAUUUCCUCAGAAUUUGGUAUGCUUCCUGCUGAAUAUGCUGCCCGAUCAAGACUACAAGGAACAUCUGACACGAACAUUUGUUAUGCACUACAGUCGUAUACCAUCCGUCUUGGAAAUGUCCCGGGAUCCGGAUACGCUCAGCAAUCGUGUUGUUCACAUGAGUGUUCAGUUAUUUUCCAAUGAAAGUUUAGCCUUGAAAAUGGUCAAAGAGCUGUCGUUGCUGCAUGUCAUGAUCAUUAGCCUGAAGCUGAUGAUGUCGAAGAUUCUCAUACAAAAUACAUUACAUGAUCCUUCAAAAAAUUUCCACUUUGUUAUCGACUGCACCCGCCAAGUCAUGAAAGAUCAUUGCUAUUGGCCAUUGGUAUCGGAUUUCAAUAAUGUUCUCUCACACGAAUCUGUCGCAUUGGUCUUUUUACGCGAUGACAAUUUAAUUGAUAUGUGGUUUCAAUUUCUAUCCAUGCUGCAGGGUAUGAAUGUUAAUGUACGCGAAACCGCAUCCCAUGUUGAAUUCGAACCGAAUUCAUAUUAUGCCGCAUUCUCGUGUGAACUGGAGGCAAGUGCCUAUCCCAUGUGGUCGAUUAUAUCACAUUUGAAAGAUGGCAAACAUGCCGAUUUGGCCAAAAAGAUAAUUAGCUAUUGUGUGGAUAUGUUGCGCGAAUGGCUGGAAGCCAUCUAUUUUCAGGAACCAAAAAUUUCACAGGAGGAAAUGCUUCAGGCCUCAUUUCAUUUCCCACUGCAUCGUUAUUUAGCGGCUUUUGUCUGUCAAGCUGUAACAAAAAUGGGCAUGUCAUUGUCAGAAGUUCUGCCAACCAAAUUAUAUAUAUUGCCUCUACUUAUGAUGCAUCCCUUGAGGGUUCAGGAGAAGUUGUGUGAAGGUGGUUUGUGCGUUCACAACGGAACAAAUAUCAAUCGUUAG